GGUAUCGGUUUCCGCCGUUGGUUUUUGAAGCUGCGCGGGUUGCGGGCUCCGAGCGCGCACAUCUUGGGCGGGUUAGGACCCAGAGCAUCCCACGGACCUGGCGCUGCGCUGCAGCUACCGCUGCGGAGGCGUGCUCUUCUGCAGCACCGCGCCAUCCCAUCCUUCCAUUCAUUCCUCCCUUGCUCAGGGCUUGAAAACUUCGUUACCGUUGGUAUUUUGAACUGGAUAAUUCCUUGGUUUGUUUCCUCGCGCGUGCGUGUGUUUGUGUGUGAUCCUUUUGCUAGAUGUUUAGCAGCGUCCCUGGCUGUAUCCCUUAAGAAACCCCGGAUCAUCCUUCCUCCUGGAUCUUAAUAAACCAGAGCGUCUCCAGGCUUUGCCAGCUGACACCUGUGGGGCAAAUUGCCGCUGCUUUUCUCUCUUGAGUUGAGAAUCUUAACCUGCGUCACAUUUUCACGGAGCUUCUAGUGAAGCAGCUGCGCAUGUCUCAGUCACUGCGGAGACCCAGGUGUCCAAAGGGACGUCAGUUCCUUCAAGACUCUAAAUUGGAUUCUGGAGACAUUGGUAGUUUGCUGUGGGUAAAUAGUACCUGUUGGCAGAUCGUACAUACUCAGAUAGUCUACACGGGACUGGAUUCCCGCUGGUGACACAAUGCAGGCUUCAGUGGCCUCGAACAUGCUGGCAGCUGCCUCCCCAGGCCCUCCAGCUCUGGCUUCACUUGAACAAAGCAGGGUCUCUGGAAUGGAUACUUCUAGGGCCCAAGAAAGGCUCUUAAGAGGAUAUGCUGAUGACCUAGAUUCUUUCAGGCAGAAGUUCAGGUGGUUUUGUUACUCACAAGAAGAAGGGCCCAGGAAAACCCUGAACCAGCUCUGGGACCUCUGCAAGCAGUGGCUGAGACCAGACGUUCACACCAAAGAGCAGAUCUUAGAGCGGCUCGUGUUUGAGCAGUUCCUGAGGGUUUUGCCUGGAGAGAUGAGGAUUUGGGUGAAUUCUCAGCAUCCCAAGAGUAGUGUGGAGGUGGUGACCCUGGUAGAAGAUUUGAACCAAACACUUGAAGAAAGGGAAGAUCUUAGCACUCAAGAUUCUGCCGUGUGCAAAGUGGAGGAUUUGGGAGAAGAGGAGAUGGUGGCUGUUCCUCCGAAUGUGGAGCCACGUGAAGCAGUAACAUUUGAGGAUGUGUCUGUGAACUUUACCAGAGGGGAGUGGAAGAUGCUGGAGCCGUCUCAGAGGGAGCUAUAUAAGGAAAUGCUGCUGGAAAACUUAAGGAACCUAGAAUUUUUGGGCUCUCCAGUUUCCAACUUUGAUUUGAUUUCCCAGCUGAAGUGGGUUAAGUUGCCAAGGGUACUGGAAAAAGAAAUCUCAAAAGACCCCAGACCAGAGGGUGAGUCUAGACGUGAAUUGGAUGCUUUUCUGGAAGACCUCACUUUAGAGAAGACAAUAGACUACUGCUUUAGUGAUAAUGGUUAUGGCUUGAAGGCAGAAUUCCAGAAACGAUAUGGCAAGUCCAAAAAAGAUCAUAGCAAGCAGAGUAGCCAUCAGAGUAAAGAUUCUGACUCAAAAAAGACUCCCUCUGGAAAGAAUUUGAAACAAGCUUCAGACGCAGCUAAACAUCGAGGAACCUACUUAACAAAGAAGUCUCAUGGGUCCAAGGAAGGGAAGAAGUCCUUCACCUUCCACUCAGAUCUUGUGACCCGCAAAGAACACGGUACAGAAAAGUCACGGAAAUGCAGCGGAAGCGAGAAAGGCUUGGUUUACUCUUCAUCUCAUACCAAACAUAAGAGACAGCCGAGAAUUGGCUCGUUGAGCAAGACCUACAAGUGUAGUAAGUGUGGCGUAGCCUUCACUCCAAACUCAUGGUAUCAUAGUAAAAGCUCACAAUGUGAAAAAUGCCAGAAGAAUUUAUUUCAAGGGGAAACGUCAAAUAAAGACAAAGGGCCUGCACCUGAAGAGCCCAGUAAGUGCAGGAAAUGUGGGAAAGCCCUUGGCAAUAGUUCACAACGCUCCAUGUGCACUGAAUGUAGAGAAGCUCACAAACCUCGGCCAUCUAAAUCCCAUAAAAAACGAGACGAGAAAGGAAAGCGGUACAAGUGUGAUGAAUGUGGAAAAUACUUUGUUGGUUUACAAGUUCUCGAGAUUCAUCAAAGGAUCCACACAGGAGAAAAGCCCUAUGUAUGUAAACACUGUGGGAGAUCCUUCAAUGACAACUCGUCAUUUUUUCAACACCAGAGAAUCCACACCGGAGAGAAACCAUACACGUGUAAGGAGUGCGGGAAAUCCUUCACGCUUAGCUCCUCUCUUUCAAAACAUCAGAGGAUACACACCGGAGAGAAGCCCUACAAAUGUAAGGAGUGUGGAAAAGCCUUCAGACAGAAUUCUUGCCUUACUCGACAUCAGAGAAUCCACACUGGCGAGAAACCAUAUGUGUGCAAGGAUUGCGGCUCAUCCUUUAGCCUUUUUAGUACUAUCCUCUAUCAUCAAAGACUUCACGCAGGAGAAAAACCCUACAAAUGUACCCACUGCGAUAAGGCCUUCCCUACUCACUCCCGCCUCGGCCGCCAUUUGAGAUGUCACACCGGUGAAAAGCCAUACAAAUGUAAAGAGUGUGGGAAGACAUUCAGACAGAGCUCAUCUCUUAAUUUGCAUCUCCGAAGUCAUACCGGAGAGAAGCCCUACAAAUGUGAUUUCUGUGGCGCCGCCUUUACUAGGAGCACAAUCCUCGUUGAACAUCUGAAAACACAUACAAAACAUGAAUGUAAAAAAUGUGGUAAGAAAUGUAAAAGUCGGGCAGCCAGUCUUAAACAUUGCUGUACUGAGUAAUUCUGGGAAUGUAGUAUGUGGGGGGAGGGGGGAGGCUAGUUCCGGUUGUGAUCUUAUUUAAAACCUUGUCAUGUAAACUGCCCACAGCAUUGAUUAGAAGCUUCAGCUUCAGUGGGUUGGUUCACAACUAGGAGUAGCCUUCUUCCCCUUUGGUCCCUCUUCUUGAGGGUGGCCAGUUUUGAUUAGAGCUGAUAAAAUUAUAUUGACCUGAAGAAAGCAUGUGAACUGAACUAAUUCUGACAAGGCAAACUUCGAAAGACUCUUUUCUUCACGGAUGUCUCUCCUUGGCUUCCUUCCACAGCAUACAGUAGAAUGGAAAAGAACUUAACAACCUAGGCUCUAUCCCAGUUUGCCAACCAGCCACUGUGUUGCCUAAAGAAGUCACUUAGACCUUCUGAGUCUUCGUUUCUUUACCAGUAGAGUGAAGAGAUGGUAUUAAUGAUGGCUAAGUUUUCUUUUUAUCUGAUAUUCUGAUACUGCAGAAAAUAACUUGAACAUGUUUGGUUCAUUGGACUCAUCAUGUCUGGUAGACACUCUCUCACAGGGUGGUGUACUUCUAGAUUGGUGAGAAUGUGGAGUGUUUGAUGUAGGGUCCCUCGAAUGUGAUAGAACGAUUCAGGGAAGCUCAGCGAAGUUUGCUUUCAGGGAAUGUUCGAAUUUGCACAAAUCACCCCAGUCUGCUUAUCUUUUGAGUUUUGCCUCGGUGGAUUGGAAAUUCAGAGAGCUUGCACCUGAGCCAGCUCCACCAUGAAAGUAAUGGUCUGAAGAGAAAAACCAGAAACAAUUGUUUUGGUUGGAUAUUUCCCCCUGCAGCGAGCACAGCCUCCUGCACCACAGUGUUUAAGAAUUCUGUACGCAAAAGUCACAAGAUGGUAGAUUGGAUCAGGUUGGGUCCUUAGACAUGUUUUAGUUGGUUUGUAGGAUGGGGCAUGUAUGUACAUACACAGAUUUUACUCUUUAGAAAUAAGGAGUUUUGCAUUUUAAGGGAAGCAGAGUUUGUCUUUCAAAAUGCAUAGGAGCUGACCACAUUAGCCUAUGUCCAUGGACUACUCAGCUGUCCCAGGUGUGGUUGCCAGUUGAAAUGCCAGGUUUCUCUUAUACCUGGCUUUCCUACUGCAGCCUUGUGGUAUUUUUUUACUCUGUCAUUUAGAUAAUACAUACACUAAAAUCUCAAGGGAGACCCCCCCCAAUUGAGAACAAGUAAAAGUCAGGAAAAGAACUCAGAAGUAAGUUCUACUUGACACUUUUUUUUGUAAAGUGAGACUUCAUGGAAGGGACUAUAUGAGUAUUGAUGAGCCGAUGGAAUCUUAACUUCUGAGGAAGGAAAUCAAGACUCUGAAUGAGUUAGUUUGGGUCUUGGGACUUGAUUGUGGUAUAGAAGUUGAAAUUUGAGGCAAUUCCUAGAGCGAGAACUAAACCAGAGCUCUGGUUUUUCGGGUAAAAGGAUCUGCAGUGCUGAUCCGAGACUCAGGGAUAUCUGCGAUGUGCUUAGGUUUGAAGUGCUACCUCUGCGUGUAAGGUUUUUGGUUUCUUGUGGGUGGCUCCUCCCUCCUUAUCCCAAGUCGAAAAGAAAAUCAGACAUUAUUUUGUGAUAAAUUGAUCAGUAUAGCUGUUACCAAAUGGACCAAGUAAACACAUUCCUGACAUCAAAGGAAUUUGGCUUUUAAGAACCAUAUAAGAUAUGCGCUUAACAAUUUUCAGAAAUGAUACAUUUUAUUGAAAAAAAUUAAUACAUAAAAACAACUCUUGAGAAAGAGAUCUCUUCCAGUGUGUUCUAGGGAAUUUCACAAGAAGCUAUUUUUAUCCCAACCUCAGUUGGGGAUUAGAAACAAAACUUUUUUUUUACAACUUCAUUAAAAUAUGGAACACAUAUGCUUAAAAUCAAGAUGUGCAAUCCAGUGAGCUUUCUUCAGUUCUACUGAAGUGCACAUUUGUUACCAUAAUCCAUUGUUCAGAACAUCACGCUAAUAAGAGUACCUGUUGGAUCCAUCCAUUUAUACAUAAUUCCCACUCUCAUCUCGGACCCCAGGUAACUACUAAGCUGCCUUUAUUUAGUGUGUGUAUUUACGGAUGGCCUUUUCUAGUCAUUUUAUAUUGAUUGGUCUUUGUUUCCCGUUGACAUCGCAUUUUUAAGUUUAUGCAUGUUAUAGCCUAUGUGAUUUCUUUCUGUUAAAAUGUUAUUUGCUGGUUGUUUGUUGUUAGAUUUGAUAGUCUAUCACGUGGAUACUUCAUCCAUUACCUGUGAGAACAUAUUCUCUUCUUUCUCCUUAGGCAGCUGGCUGCUAGGAACAACACUGUGAACAUAGGGUGAAAGUUGGUGUAGACAUUAAUGUUGAUUGUUUUUCUUGGUAGACAUCUAUAGGUAGAGUUUCUGUAAAAACUUUAAAAAUGUAAAUUUCUGUUUAACUUCUUAGGAAAUUACCAAAUUGUUUUCCAGUGUGACUGCGUCAUUUUAAAUUCUGGCCAGUCAUAUGUGAAUGUUCCGUUUUCUUUCCUUCUGUGCUCAAUCUUUAAAAACUCUUCAUCAUCCUGGUGAAGUGGCAUUUCCAUAUGCUUUUAGCUUGCAUUUCCUGACGACUAAUGUCACCAUGUGCCCAUUCCUCAGCCUUUCACGUGUCUCUGAGUUCUUCAAAUGCCUUAGCUAUUCAAAAGUCAGGAUGGUUGAGUUAUAACAAGUUCUUCAUCGACAUACAUCCCUUUUCCAGCAUGACCUUCAUCUACAUACGGUCCCUUCUCCAGCAUGAACUUUCUAUCACCGUGUACUAGAAGGAAACUAUAAACCCCACUGCAGAAUGUUUAUCAACAACUAAUAUUUUAGCCUGAAAGGCAUUCAAUCUGGCCUAGCACCCACAUACUCAAAUCUGUUUUUAGAUGGUCAGGUCAUCUAAAGGCUUUAAGUUGAUAAUUAUGACUCCUCAUAGCAUUGCUUUUUAAAGCUUUACUUGGCAUUUCUGUUUAUAGAGAUAAGUAUUUUCAUCAACUCCAUGACACAUUUUAAAACAAAGUCCUUGUUCUUUAGAACGACUUAUAGUGAGUUUCUAUAUAGAAAUUUCUUUUGAGCACAGGAUAGGGCAAAGCCCCUGUCCGUAAAUUUGCUUUAUUCUUUUUACUUUAGAAUUGCUUCUGAUGUAAACUAGGCAUACCGUAAAGUGAACCAUCCUGAUGUUUCCGGUUGAGUGAUCUGUGUUGCACAUUUGCAGUUGACCUUCAUCCCCAGCGCUUUUGCAUCCUCCCACACUCAACUCACUGAGCGUGUAUUGUCUGUCUGCUUUUCUCCCAAGCUCCUGGUCCUCACAAUUCUACUUCCUUUACACAUCUGGCUCUUGUUAGUCCCUGACAUAAGUAAUGACGCAGUGUGUGUUUUUGUGUGUCUGCGUUAUCUCACUCGGCAUGUCAUAUUUGCAGGCAUUCAAGGAAAUUUUCCGCUUGAUUUGCUAGCACAGAAUAUCUUAAACUCUUACAUCAUCCAGUUACUAUUGAUAAAAAAGAACACAAUGUCGUUACAUGUGCUCGGUCUCGUUGGCUCCAUAACCUAGUCACCUGCAUGUGCGUACUGAAACACUUGAGCAGAUGUCUGCUUUCAAAAGCUGAGUAAGAACACUUACAGCUCAAAUCAGACCCGGAAAUGAAGCAACGAGGCAGAAGCUAUCUCUUGCCUGAAAAUGAUGACCUACCUGGUCUUUCAACUCAGCUACAAUUUCAUCUUCUUGAGAGAAACUAAUCUUUCUGCUUAGCUGACAUUCCCUAACAGAUGAAAAAAAAAACAUGUUUAAUAAAUCAGAAGUUUGAGAUCUGAGGCAAUGAAUUGGCUUCUCUUUGAAAAUUUUGGUGUUCUUUGAGACAAUACAAUCAAAGUUUUCCUUGGUCAGUGUCUUACACGGAUCAUUUAAAACGAAAAAAUACUUGAAAUUUUUCAAAUUUUCAGUCACUUGAUUUUUGAUAAUAGAAAUGUAUAUAUUCUGUGAGAAAUAUGUAAUUUGCUCAUGUUUACCCUGAGCAAAAUUGUUAAAUGGUGUAGUGUUUUCUGUUUCUGUGGAUAUUUUUCAAGCUGUCUUUUUUUUUUCCAAAGUUUUUGAGUGAAUUAUAGUAGUUGGCUUUACUUUUUUUCAAGCUGUCAUUUUUUUCCCCAAAGUUUUUGAGUGAAUUAUAGUAGUUGGCUUUACUUUUAUCUACCCAUAGUUCUAGUUUUUGCACGUGUGUGCAUGUGCAAGAGCCAAGCUACUUUAUAACUGACACACUUAGAAUCUGAAACGUGUUAAAAUGUUGUUAAAGGGAUUUUGGUUAGAAAUUUAGUUUAUUUAGCUGGUUUUGUGAAUUGUUUUUUACUAAGUUGAAAAGAGAUAUAGAUCUGGAAUAUCGUCUUCAGUAUUGCCUACUGUGUUAUCUUUAAUACUUGAACUCGCUAGCUUUUGUGUCUGCUGCUGCCGCUGUAAAUGCGACUGACCUUUGCCAGUGACCACGCACUGGGCCUUCUUUUAGUCCCCUUUCCCUCCUGUGCCACUUACAGUAAGAGCUUCUGUGUCUGCACUGAAUUCUGCCUUAGAAAUUUGCCUUUAACUAGACUUGAGCUAUUUUUCCAUGUAUUUUUACCUAGAGAGUAAUCACAAUUCCAGUGAGAAGCACCUUGGUUUGUGGCUAUGAAUUAUACACGUAAUGCUCAAACUCGUGCUAUCUGCAUAAUGCAUUAUGAUAGUCCAUCUGUACAGAGACAGCUAUCAUCUGUUUUAUCAAUGCUGCCUAGGUUGGUGACGUACUUGUGUGUCACUGAAAAACGCAUGCUCCUCUGCCCUGCUAACAGCAUCCUGUACGGUGCAGUAAAGUGAAUCAUAGUUCUACUAAAUAAAGUUGUAUUUAAUACAGAA